UGGCCACAUCAAUCAGUCACCAGAUUUAAUUGCAAAAAAUGAACACCAAGGUUUGCGUCACGGGAGCUGCAGGCUAUCUCGGUUCUGCCCUCGUUCACAAGUUGCUGGAAAAAGGGUAUGCCGUCCAUGCUACUCUCCGGAAUUUAGGUGAUGCAUCAAAGACAGGGCUGCUCAAAGCUCUUCCCCACGCAGACACAAGGCUCUUAUUGUUUCAGGCAGAUAUCUACAAUCCUGAUGAGUUUGGUCCUGCUAUUCAAGGCUGCCAGGUGGUUUUCCACGUUGCCACUCCCUUGCAGCACGACGCCUCCAGCUCUCAGUAUAAGAAUACUUGUGAGGCAGCUGUUGCUGGGGUGAAGACCAUUGCUGAAUCCUGCAUCAAAUCAGGAACUGUGAAGCAACUCAUCUACACUGCCUCUGUUGUAGCAUCAUCAGCAUUAAAGGAUGAUGGAUCAGGCUACAAGGACACAAUCGAUGAAUCCUGUUGGACUCCUCUCAAUGUCUCCUAUAGAUGCGCCACAGAUUUCUUAACUGCAUAUGUACGCUCAAAGACAUUGGCCGAAAAAGAAGUGCUGAGAUACAAUGAUGAGAAGAAAUUAGAGGUGGUGAGUCUUGUUUGUGGACUUGUUGGAGGAUACAAAUUUCAAUCCUUGAUAGGCGAAAGCAUGAGAGUGCUAAUAUCCCAAGCUACCAAAGACAAGAUGAGGUAUCAAACUCUAAGGUUUUUGGAGGAAGUGAUUGGAAAAAUUCCAGUUUUGCAUAUUGAAGAUGUUAUUGAUGCCCAUAUCUUCUGCGUGGAAAACCCGGGCUUCACUGGCAGAUUUCUAUGUGCUUCUGAUCUUCUAAAAUCAGAGGAGAUUGCAACGUUGAUUCAAAGUCGUUGCUCAGAAAGCAAAAUUCCCGAUGAGUUCAUUGAGGAUUCGAAUAGAGAUAUUAGAUGGGGCUCUUCAAAGCUGGAGGAAUUGGGCUUUCACUACAAAUAUGACGCUGUGAUGACCCUAAAUGAGUCCCUUCAGUAUUUCAGGGUUCCACUUCCACUGGAGAGUUCCUAAAACAUUACCAUAUAAGCAUGUUUCUGUUCAGUCAUUUCUAAUAAGGUUGAGAAAUCCCACCUAACAAGUAAGGUGAAUUUUAUGCCCCCACGUGAAUGGGUUGGUGGUUGGCGCCUCCUCCUCGGGACCGUUAGGUCCUGGAGUCGAACCUCCGCAGCAACAUCAGUUCGCCGUGCAUUUAACGUGCUAGGUCUGGUUGGGGCGCUGGGCCGGGCCGGAGUGGGGAUUAGUCGGGCCGCCUUUACGGACUUGACCCGGACACCCCACUCCGUCGAAAAAAAAAAAAAAAAAAAAAA